CUUCGAUUUUUCUGUUGAUCAACAUAUGUGUGUACUUCUAAUCUUUGCCAUACUUGUAACUUCAACGAAGGUUCUCAAGUUCUUUCAUGUCCGACUAUAUAAAUAAUCGUUGUCCUAAUUAUAACAUAAGCAUCGAAACUGGAAACCAUCUUUCAAAACACCCAAACCGCCCGUGCUGCAUGCCAAUUAACAAUAGCCAACCUCUUACUAAUCAGCUAUCCCCGUCUCUUGAUCCCUUUCUCUUAACGUUCGCAUAUAUGGCUACCACAGUAGUCAUCAAAAAAACUUUUAAAGAAGCCACAGCAUCAAAUCAGAACCAUUCCUUUCUCCACAAAUUUUUUUCCAUGCUGCCUCGCAAAAAGGAAAUCACGACGGUCAAGCAGACUCAGCUUCAAGUUCCCAAGCCCAUCCCACGUCUCUCAUCUCCAGCAAACCAAGUAGAACAAGAAGUCGACAUGGCUCGAAUCAUGUCGCGUUUCGAUGAAGAUGGCGACGGAAAGAUCUCCCCGACUGAGCUCCGGAACUACAUGCUUGCCUUAGGGGAGGAUCUGACGAUCGAGGAAACCAAGGCUGCGGUUGAAUCGGUCGACUCGGAUGGAGAUGGAAUGCUUGGAUUGGAAGAUUUCAUGAAGCUAGCAAACAGCGAAGGGGGCGAAGAGAAGCGAAAUAACUUGAAGGAGGCAUUUAGGGUAUAUGAGUUUGAAGGAGAGGGAAUCAUCACUCCUAGAAGUUUGAGGGCGGCGUUGGAGAGAUUGGGAGAGAGCAGGACAGUCGAAGAAUGUGAGAUGAUGAUAAGUAGGUUUGAUGUUAAUAGAGAUGGAGUUUUAAGCUUUGAGGAGUUUAAGAUGAUGAUGGUUUAGGUAGGAGGUUUAUGAUUUAAUUGGAUGGGUUUGUAAUUAAUUACUAUUGCUGUGUAGGAUAAUCUGGGCUUUGAAGAUGAUAGGAGGAAUAAGGAGAGGCGUGCUGAUUAAGGAUUCGAUUUUCGUUGGAAGUCAAUGGUCUUCACGCGUUUAUAGGUUUUUGUUUAUAAUUUCUGACUCAAGUUCAAUCUCUUUCAUUAGCCGUUCGAUGGUUCGAUUCAAUAAAUCUGUAUGACAGCUCUAGCUGCGUUGUUUAAAGUUAUAUAUGAA